AGCUGCUGCACAGACUCUCUGCAUCACAAAUCAAACAGAUCUCAGUGAGAGGAGGCUGAGCGAGCCACAGCAUCAUUUAAAAGAAGAUCUGACGGGUGUUCCGCCGAGCGCAGCGUACUGUCAUCUCUCAUUUCAGCUCCUAUCGCUCACAUCAGGGGAUCUGUACCUCCCACUUCUCCUGCAGAGACACGAUGAACCUCACCCUGCAGCUUACCGUGCUGGACUAGGACCAGAAAACACAGACGCUGCCUUGUGUCCUCGCCGCCUUGUGUCCUCGCCGCCUUGUGUCCUCGCCGCCUUGGGGUCCUCGCCGCCUUGUGUCCUCGUCGCCUCGUGUCAGUUAUCCUGCUUUGCUCGAGCAGGAGAACGAGCCCUGCCUUCAGAUUUCCUCAACAGUUAGCUUCGGCAGUCCGAUGACCACCAGCCCCAGCACCACCCAUCAGCCCGAUAAUAUGGAGGAACCCCAGCAGCCAGACCAGCCAAUCACCACGCAGCAGGAUGGAGAAGCUGCCCACACUGCUGUGACUUCUCAACCAACCAGCUCUGACCAACAGCCCCCACCCUCAACGACAGAUGCUCCCGAGGCCCAACAGACAGAGGACGGGAAGGGAAUGGACCACCUGACAGUAAUCAGCGAAAACACAGAGACCAGUAAUGGCGUCGCGCCUGUCAUGGCUGACUCGUCACCCAUAGCGCCCUCUGUGUCGCCCAAGCUGCAUGCAAAGCCAGCUGGCCAUGCUAAUGGCCGGCCCCGCUUGGGCAGCCGGUCUGGCUCGCUAGCGAUGGGCUCCCCCAGGCCCUCGCUCACCCGCCAGCCCAGCGCCAUCACAGAGGCCGCUGUGGAUGGGUCCAAGCCGAGGGACUACCUGAUCCUUGCCAUCUUAUCCUGCUUCUGCCCAUUGUGGCCCAUCAACAUCGUGGCCCUCACCUUCUCUGUGAUGUCCCGAAACAGUCUGCAGCAAGGCAACAUUGACGGUGCUCGCCGUUUGGGCCGUAACGCCAUGGUGCUGUCUGUUGUCUCCAUUUUAGGAGGGAUUGCCAUCAUCACAGCGGCCAUCGUCCUGAACUGGGGAUUGAUAUUAAAAUCUUGAUUCAAACCAACCGGCAUGGCGAGACUGACUUCAUGACAACAUCGAACCCGACACGACACCAUUUCCUCCCGUUCCUGAAGCACUAUCGUUGUCGAGCGCCUGCACCAGAUGUAAAACGAAUAAAAACCAGUUUCUGUUAUUUGCUGUUGUUUCUUGCUGCACGACAAGCAUGGUCUGCCUGACGCUCUACCUCUGACACGACCGACAAACCUAAACCUGACGCCUGACACCUGAUCUGGAGAAAAGGAUGGAUCACCAGAUGCUCAUUUCAUUCUGUGGUAGCAGCUUAUCUCCUCCUCAGACGCCACAAUUACAAGAGGAAAUGGACAUCCUGGGAAAUGGGAUUAUUCAGAUUCCUAAUGGUCUGUAAUGGUGCGAACUGGGGGACCUGGUUUGUUGCGUUUGAUGCCAAAAAUUUAGAAACGCAGUCUCAGCUGAACUGAAACGGGGAGAAGCUGCUGCAGUGAUAGUUUAACUCAAACUGAGGAUGAACUCUAAAAGUCUUUGAACUGUGACGGCAGAUAGGAGAGUGAUCUUUGUUUCAGCACAGAGAUGGACUUCCUCUGUUUCACUGUCUUUGUGAAAAAACCGGAGGCAUGAUUCUGAUGUUUACUCUGCAUAUUCAUGAUAAAUGUCCCCCGGAGCUGCUAUAACAUUCAUCAUGUUCCAUCCAAGGUUAUCAGAGACCGUGAACUGACCACAGGUGCUCAGACUGCUGGCUGUUAGCCGCACUCAUCUCACUGUAAGCGAUUCUGAGUCCCUUAGUAAUUAAUGAAUUCUUCUCCCUGACCACAGCCUUUGGCUCUAAGUGGACGUAAAGUGAUGGAAAGUUUCACAUUAUUCCUGAUGUUCUCCAGGACUUCUAUUAAUUUGGGUGGUUGAGGUUACUUUUGGACCGAGGGAUCUCCCUCUGAGUGCUCACAGCGUGUGAGAUGGAUCAAUUCUUCCUUUCUCUCCGGCCUUUCAGUGUCAGUCUUUUACUUUAGUCUAGCAUUCACAGCUGCUGCCCGCUUCCCUUUCUGUUAAGUGUUUUACUGCAGAUACAAGAAGAACUUCCUCAACAACUCCCUGUAUGAAGUUUUUUCUCAGUCUUCACUUAAUGGCCUAAAAUCAUAAUUCGGAAAUAUCUUUGUUUGCCAGUGUAACCCUCAUGUUGGUAACAACCUUGGAAGGAGUUUGUUCAUAGUUUUAGGAAGUGUUGGAUCAGGUACUCACCUCUUUGCUGUGACAGUGGAUGAACAUAGUUCUUAUAGCUACACAAGAACUGUGACAGCCGUGAUCUUUGAAUGGUGCAAGGUUAUAAGCUAGGCUUGUUUAGCAUAUGUCUGAAUUGCAGUGCUAACCUUAAACUUAGUUAGUUUGACCUGGUGGCUGUUAACCCUCUGACUUCUAUCUUUAAAUCUAACGCUAUCAGAAUAUGUAAUAUUCUUUUAAAUUAUUCUCUUUUAAACUAUUCUCCUGGCAGGGGACGAUAACAUAUUAAAACUAUUUACAUUUCUUCCCAAAAAGUCCUUUUGGCUUUUCUGAAAAACACGGAGUUAGGGUUACCGAUUAUGGCUUAAACUGGAGGUUCACUUUGUCUGGUUAUUGGAUAAAGUUGCAACAUUAGCAACAAGCAAUUUUUUUCUUGCAACCCAUUUAAGUUCAGCUCUGCAGGUGGAAUUUGUUCUAGCCAAGGCUCACGUGCUGAACUGUUACAUUAGUGAUAACAUGAAGAUGUUAGCUUUCAUGUGACGUUUUAUAUAUUCAUAUCUUUAGAAUUUUGAUUUUUGCGAGGCGUGAGGUUUUCUGUUUGGUUCUUCCAAACAGGCUCAAAUUCUAUAAAUGACAUGUGGAUGUUAAGAGGUGAAGCCCCGGCUUUACUGACCUUUAUGGGAAGCAAAUGUGAUUUUGACUCAUCUAUACCUUCCAUCAGCUGGCUCGUUACCGUUCCUGUUUGCAGUGCAAAUGCAAAAAAAGAGAAACGCUCCGGAGGACAUGUGGUUCUCAUGGGGACUCCUGAGUACUUAGAGUCUCCUGAAUGGUUUAACCCUCUGGGGUCCAGGGUAUAAUUGGCCGUUUUUGACUACUUUUGAUUUUACCUCUACAUUUCACCUUUAAAAACUGUUUAUCUUGCCUUCUUUGGUAUCAUUAUUUUCAGCACAAACUCUGAAAUUGGAGUUAUUUUUUCAUUUUGACAUACUAUAUUAGCACAAUUGAUCUAAACUCAGACAAAAAAUUCAAAAUCCGAGUAGAAAAAAAGUCAUAUUUUUUUACUGUAAAACCCACAAACUUGAAUCAUCAAACUUCAAUUGCAAAUAGAAAUUGUACAUUUCUAAAAAUUAUGCACAAGUUUUGCAAACAACAAAGUUAUAUGGUACUAUUUACCUAAAAAUGCAGCCAAGGCCUCAGGCGUUUUUUAUAUAACCAUUUAAAUCUAUUUACAGAACAAUCAGGUGUUCUGCAUCAAAUAAGAAGGUACACAAAUUAUUUGUGCCAGUCCAGUAGUUUCUGUCCACUAUGAGAUGAAGGAGAACACUACAGGCCUAAACCCUGCAGGUCUGACAACAGGAGGUGUAUCAGUCCUGUUUUCCAUGUGGAGACAGCAUUUAGACUUUGGAGCAAAUGUGACAUUCACUAUCGUAAUUGACACACAAAACAAAACAAUGACUACACUUCACACUAACUAUAGUCUCCAAACACACUAAACGUCACUAAUGUCGCACAUGUGAAAACUCGCGCUCUCUCUUUCUUUUGCUCGCCCGCUUUCUCUCGCGGGCGUCACUUCUAAAACGUCCCCCUCUCCCUAAACAACCAAAUGCCACAUGUUGCCAUAUCAUCUUUUGUUUGGUUGACAUGGCACAAUUCAAGACCAAUAGGGAAGGAAAGGGGUGUUUUUUCUUUUUCUUUUUCUUCCCGCUGUAAACACCACUGUUUUGUUCAGAAAAAAACAUCGCAUUCAUUUUUUAUCAUAACUCUGGUUUUAUGUGGCCUAUCCACACAAUUUAAAAACUGGUAUAUAGUUUGAAGUCCACCCUUUCGACCCCAGUUGAACUGGAGACUCUGGAUCGUUGCAUCUUGUAGCUAUGUUGUCUUAAAUUGGUCAUGUGAUUUUGACGCGCCGGCGCGUCCGUCAACCCCAGAGGGUUAAAAGGACCUGUUGUCUUAGAACCGAUAGCAAAGUUGCUAAUAAAGAGCUGAACGGAUGAGCGUUUUACAUGUUCAGGAUAAGCUGUUCACUAACAAGGGCCUAAAGGAGACUACACAGGUUCACGUACAUGUGACGCAGGAGCUUAAAGGUGGUGAAGUCAUGUGUUAAAGUCAUGUGACCAUGGUGUAGCUUGUUUAUAGCCCAUCAUUAGCAUUUUACUUCUUUUAAUUGCAGUUAUUCAUCAGGAGUCAUCAAUGUAAUUAGUUUGUAAGUCAGUCUGAGGGAUCUAUAAGAUCUAUAAGGUGCCUCCUUCUUUCUUACAAGCCUUUCAUUUUCCAAGUUAAACUAUGCUAAUGCUAAUACCCAAAUCUGGUUAGUGUGCAGCUGCGAAACAGCUUUGGCAUUAUCAAUCCAUCCAACAUUUACAGAUGUUUGUGAUGGAGUAUUACAAUUUACCUGAUGAUUCAUCGAAUCCACUGUAAACAAAGCCAGGAGGGACUGUCUGCAGCCAGACACUGUUUAGGAAACCUGAAAUCAUGAUUUUUAUUGCUGUUGAAAUGCGAUUCUGAUGCCACACACUCAUUUUUAGUUGUCAGGUGUAGCUGUGGUUAUGACAUGACCCCAUUUAGAGCACACUGGCUGUUUAACUGCUUGAGUUUUACACAGAAAACCUCUCAAAACGUUCAUUUUGUCCUCGUCCAGGCGGCGUUCUCUCAGCUUGCCGAGCCUCAGCGUGACGCUGUGCCAAAUACCAGAGAGUGCACGUCAAUCAGCACAGGACCGCUUUCUCUUUUAGCCUCUCUGUGUGGAAAUGUGUGCGUGCUAACAGAAAUUUUGGGGGUUCUUUGAGGAUAUAAGCUGUUGUUGUGGAACUAAAUCAGCCCUUCAUCUCUUAUAACCUGUGCAUGCUUGGAGUAUUUAUUACUGAAUGCUUUUAUACAGACUGUAGCCUCAGUUAGCAGGCGAGCUAACUGAGUAGCACUAUGUAAAUAAACAGUAUGGGAUGUUAAUUGGAAGGUAACCCAUCAGCCGGUCUAGGUUUGUCACUGAGACGUAACUGCAGUCACCUCGGUGCCAAAAACGCACUGCAGGUCUUUAAGGAGAUCAGGUGACACGUUUGGACUGAGAGCCAAUCAGAGUGUACAGGUAAGGUCAGGUGAGGUCAGGCUCAGAGGUGGGGGAGGAAAGGAGGGUCUUGUAGUGCUGCGUUCAUGUCAUAUUUCACAAAUGUUAGUGGUCGCAUCAUCGACUGCGUCACUGCAGAGGUGGUCGUUUAAGGAUUAGAUGUAUGUUUGUCGACAGCGUCACAACAUUUGUUAAAUGUAGAAUUUUAUUCAGCGCGGGUUUCAUUGUCCUUAUUUUCACAAAAAAAAUCAGAAACGUGUCGUAAACCAACAAAAAUACUUCCAGUAUGACAUGAAUGCAGCACGAGGUCCCCUCCAUCCCAUUCACACCUUCACUCCGCCCACUCCUGUUCUGUAUGUAGCAUGCCUGUUUACUAAUCACAUUAUGCAAAAAAAAUAAAUUGUAAACUAAAAAGGAAAAAAAAAGGCCUGGCUCGUUAUCAGUAUGAAUGCUAGCUUUGCUGAUUUCUGCUGUGGUGGUGUACUCUUACACGGUUUCAUACGGACUUUGCUUGCGCUACCUCUGAAAGCUGCCUACCAUGUUUUAUUAACCAACCGCACAUCACACGGUGUCACCAAUUUCUAAGUGACUGUUAAAUCUUUGUGCUUCUGUUCCUGUGAGAGUUUCACUGCAGCCAUUGUAAUUAUGAUAUCUACAUGCAGGGUUUUGAUUGUGAACAUAUUUCCACAAAUCUAUACGUUUCUUCAUUUGUCCAGCCGGCACAACUCGUGUAAAUAGAAAAAUCUCUACAACAUACAUUUAAACAGGACACUGUGUUAUAAGAAUCAAGCUGUCUUACACUGAGAAAUGAAAAGCUCUGAGGAAGAUUUUGGUAACCAGCAUUUAUCAUCUUUAAAGAAACAAUUAGUAAAAUAGUCUUAUUUUCUAAUUUAGAAAAAAAAUUUUUUAAGAAGAUGCCAUACUAGCUGUUUUAGGUUCAUCUUUUUGAAAUCUUUCUUAUGCCUCCUCCGGCUAAAACCCACUGUCUUCUGAUUGGCCAGAUUCUGGAAGCCUGCUGAGGGUCAGCAGCAAGAGUUUGUAAGCCACACUCGCCUUACUUUGGGGGUGUUUUGUGGCUGUGCCCAGCACGAUGUCAUAAUAUAAUAAAUGUAAAAGUUUUCAGGUAAUAUUUGAUGACAUGAAUGACCCCAAAGUUCAAACCCUGAAAACAAUCCAGUAAAAGAUGAGCUCAGAACAUCUGAAAUGUGCCUUAAAUUCUGUGCUUUUAGUUGCAAUCCCAUGAUAUCGUAACAUAAAUAAAUUUAAAUAAAAGUCAACACAAUGUUGAAAACAUCCUUAAGCAUAUGUUUGACUUGUUUUUGGAAAACUUGGCCAUGAUUAAUAUGAACUUCUAAUUCCUUAACAUUAUAAAUUUACAGAAAAUGAGUCCGCAGUGAGUAGAUAGCUAGGUUCUUCAGUCGGGAAGCUAACAUUUUAUUUGACAAUGCAAAGUGUGGGAGGCUGGCAUGCUAGCUAACAAAUCUAGAUACUAAAGAAUGCUUGAAAAUAUCUAAAUUUGCUUUUCAUUUAGAAAAUUUGUGACUUGUUUGAAAUUUACUUAAAUAAAUGUUUCUAAAAUACUUCUGGAUUUGCCUAGCUUAGCACAAAAGCUUUGCAUGCUUUAUAUGAAACCACAAUGAUGUUUAAUAUGAUCAUGUGACUCUGUGACAAUAUAUACUGACAGAAAAUAACUCUUACUAUGAACAGACAGAGAAUUGUUCUUCAGUCGGGUUUUUAGGCACAAUGUUUAAUUAAAUACAAGGAAGCUAACACUCGCAUUCCUAGCUAAAUAGCUAAUCCUGACACGAAACUAUAAUGUGUGAAAAUAUUUAAAUCUAACUGCUUCGUGGUGACGGUGUCUGGUUCUUCAUAGAGAAAUGAUCUGAAUUGUUUUAAAUAAAAUGAUGCAGAAUAUGAUUAGCUUAGCACAAAAUCUAAAAAUCAGCAGCAGCGGUUAGCUAGAAAUCUACUUUCCAACAGGAAAAAGUAAAAAAAUUAAAUUUGCAUGUUUACCACUGAAAUUUUAUUAAUGCUCAUUUUUUUUAAACAAUCUUAUUCAAAGUAAAUAAAAUCACAUUUAAUACGGUUAUGCUAAUUUUGAACCAGUACCAGUGUGGCUGUACUGUAUGUUCUGUUAUGUUUAGCUAAUUAUUUCUAUGUCAUAAUUUACAUAUCAAUGGUCAUAAAAUUGGGUUACAUUUUUUCCAAAAUACCUGAAAGACUUUUAUCAUUUUGUCAUUUAAAUACUGAAAAGUUUCCCAAGAGCUUCUCAUUUUGAACACACACCUGUACAUGCUGUAUAGAAGCUGCAGUUAGUGACGGUCCGUUCAUUUGAUGCCUACUUUAACUCUUUAUGUUACACCAGUUGUCAUUUUCAUUUCUUUUGUAAAUGCUCUUUGAACACCUGAUAACCUGAUCUUUGUAUUUUUAUAUUUCUAGUCUCAUCCUCUGAAUCUCUUUUGUAUUUACAUGGUAAUCUACUGUUUGUAUCGCUCAGUAUGACCUGCUUCCUGCUUUUUCUUUUUAAGACAAAGGAGAAACUGCAAGGCGGGGAAGGUGUAAGCAUGACUAUACCAACUUCAUUAUGUCCUCUUAUUAUUGAUUGCUGUGUCCUGACACCGGACUCUCGUUGUGCCUGUGCAUGCCUUAAAUUGAUUGCUUUAUGGAGCAUAAUGAAUGAGUAUGGUUGUACACAAAACAUUUAUCAAAGACACGUUGAUCUUGACUUCUGAUGUUGAAUAUUUGAUCAUGUUUGAAGGCAAUAAAG